AGGACCAUGCUGAACGUGCUGCUGCUGUGCUGUGGGCUGCUGCAGGGGAUCCAAGCUGCCCUGGAUCUCAGGACUGCUGACCUCAGCUGUGGCCACCUGCAGAAGGCGAGCGGCGGGCUGGAGCGGGUGGACAGAGCCCGCCACACCAGCCUGCAGCGCAGAGUCAAGGAGCUGUCUGCCGAGCCAGCAGGAGCUCUCCCAAGGCUGGGGUUUGAGCAGAUGGCCCUGGGGGUCCAAGAAGCUGAUGGUGACCUUGUGCACAGAAGCAGCCUGCUGGAACCACAGGUGUCAUCCACAGAACUGCAAGCUGAGGGCCGUGAGGAGCGCUCCCCCCGGCGCUGCGUCCGUCUGCUGGAGUCCUGCCUGGGCCACCAGAUCCCCUGCUGUGACCCCUGUGCCACCUGCUACUGCCGCUUCUUCAACGCCUUUUGCUACUGCAGGAAGAUCAGCACCACCUUCCCCUGCGGCAAGAACUAGUGCUCAUGGGGCUGCCAGCUCCUCGCCCCUGCGUGUGCCUCCUGCUCUGCAGCUCCAAUAAAGCAGCCCUUUGCAAAAGCCACUGCACAGUGGGAGUGGUGUGAUGUGUCUGCUCGGGCUCUCGGGGGAGAGGGGGUGACAGCAAGGUGAGGGUGGCCUGUGCACAGCGCCCACACAGGUGACACAUCCACGUCAAACCAGAUGUGCCUCUCCUGGCUAUGUAAGUGUUGUUUCAGCAGCAGGGGUGCCCCAGGUGAUGUUCUGGCUAUGCUGCUGUUACUCACAAAAUCAGGUUCGUUCCUUGGUGUGCACCGA